AUCCCGCCUUUUCAGCAUCUAUCUUGCCCCGCCCACUUUCUCCUCUCUUCAAUAGGAGCCAAUGGAAGCCUCCCAUGCUUUCAAACUCUGCGAUCCCCUAGCCAAUCGGCUGCUUGCUUGUUGUUUCCCCGCAAAGCCGCGCCUUUGGCUGAGGGAGUGAAGUGGGAGCGGAGAGGGCUCGCAGUGAGGGCUCGCAGGGAGGCGGCGUAUGUUCCUGCGAGGAGGGAAAGGAGGCGCUGUUGGGCCGAGCUGUCAGGGCCGUAGCUGAGGGGGCGGGUGUAUUUACAUGAAGGCCCUGGAAGGAGUGAUACGCAGAGGGUGACCCUGCGAGAGAUAGCGGAGGGCUUGGAAGGAGGAGCCGGGGAGGUGUCCAUGCUCAUCGGGUGGGAGUCCCGGACAGUCUCACAGGAGUGGGGGCCAGAGGAGCGGACGGAUUAGGGGAGCGCCUGAUACACUAUUUGGGCUUCACCCAACCGGAGCAUCGCUGCAGCCUUGGGAUUGAUCCGUACGCGGGCAGGUUAGCAUCCUGCUAUGAAUGGUGAUUCAAAUGCAGGGGUGGUGACCACACCACCCCCAACCAAUCCCCCUCACAAGGAGAAAUACUUCGACAGAGUCGAUGAAAACAACCCGGAGUAUUUGCGAGAGAGGAACAUGGCUCCAGACCUUCGCCAAGACUUCAACAUGAUGGAGCAAAAGAAAAGGGUCUCCAUGAUACUGCAAAGCCCUGCAUUUUGUGAUGAACUUGAAUCUUUGAUCCAGGACCAACUUAAGAAAGGCAAAAAUCCUACAGGUUUAUUAGCACUGCAGCAGAUUGCAGAUUUUAUGACCACAGGCGUACCAAAUGUUUACCCGUCAGCUCCUCAAGGUGGAAUGGCAGCUCUAAACCUGAGCCUUGGUAUGGUAACACCGGUGAAUGACCUUAGGGGUUCAGAUUCUAUUGCGUACGAAAAGGGAGAGAAACUUCUGCGCUGUAAACUUGCAGCAUUUCAUAGAUUAGCAGAUUUGUUUGGAUGGUCACAGCUAAUCUACAAUCAUAUUACGGUCAGAGUAAAUUCAGAGCAAGAACACUUCUUGAUUGUUCCCUUUGGACUCCUGUACAGCGAAGUGACGGCAUCAAGUCUGAUAAAGGUAAAUCUGCAAGGAGAGUUGGUUGAUCGCGGCAGCACAAACCUGGGAGUUAAUAAAGCUGGCUUUACAUUGCACUCGGCAAUUUACGCAGCACGACCAGAUGUAAAAUGUAUUGUACAUAUACAUUCACCGGCAGGGGCAGCAGUCUCUGCAAUGAAAUGUGGCCUGUUACCACUUUCUCCUGAAGCACUAUCUUUGGGUGAAGUAGCUUAUCAUGACUACCAUGGCAUUUUGGUAGAUGAAGAAGAAAAAGUACUAAUUCAGAAAAACUUGGGACCAAAAAGCAAAGUGCUCAUUCUACGAAAUCAUGGCUUGGUGACAAUGGGAGAAACUGUUGAGGAGGCUUUUUAUUAUAUACACAAUCUGAUGUCUGCUUGUGAAAUUCAGGUACGCACCCUAGCCAGUGCAGGAGGCCCGGACAAUUUGGUACUGUUAGACCCUGGAAAGUAUAAAAAAUCCCGUUCACCAGAAACCCCAAGUGGGGAUGGAAGUGGACUACAUCCCAAGUGGCUUGUUGGGGAACAGGAAUUUGAGGCACUCAUGCGUAUGCUGGAUAACUUGGGUUACAGAACUGGCUAUCCCUACCGAUGUCCAGCCUUGCGAGAGAAGGCCAAAAAGUACAGUGAUGUUGAAAUACCUGCUAGUGUUACGGGAUACUCCCUAGGAAAUGAUGGUGGCUCAGGCACUUGUUCCCCACUCAGACACAGUUUUCAGAAACAGCAGCGUGAGAAGACAAAGUGGCUGAACUCUGGUAGAGCAGAUGAUACGUCAGAAGAUGGGCAGAACGGUGGCAGCCCAAAGUCGAAGACUAAGGUGUGGACGAACAUUACACACGAUCACGUGAAACCCUUGCUGCAGUCUCUCUCGUCCGGUGUCUGCGUGCCAAGCUGUAUAACCAACUGCUUGUGGACUAAAGAGGAUGGAAUGAAAUCUGCCACCUCUGCGGUCCCAAACAUGUUUGUUCCAUUGAACACAGACCCCAAGGAAGUCCAAGAGAUGAGGAACAAGAUAAGGGAACAGAACUUGCAAGACAUUAAAACGGCUGGGCCUCAGUCACAAGUUUUGUGUGGAGUUGUGGUGGACAGGAGUGUUGUACAGAGAUUAGCUGUGUAUAAGGAUGCGCCUCUUUCAGACUGUUCGGAAACUAUUGAAGGGCUCGAUCUUACAGAGCAGACCUUUAGUCCCGCUAAAACCCUCUCAGUUAGAAAGGGAGAGCUGGUGACUGCAUCCAAAGCUAUCAUUGAGAAGGAAUAUCAACCCAAAGUGAUAGUCACCUCCACUGGCCCAAACCCAUUCAACAAAUUCUCAGACCGAGAACUGGAAGAGUAUCACAAGGAAAUUGAACGGAAACAAAAGGGUGCUGAAGAUUGUGGAGAGACUGCUGUGUCGCCAUCGUCCCUGGAAGGAGUUGUAUUGUCCACUCAUGGGCCUAAUGGAGAACCUGUAAGCUCCCAAAGUGAAGCAGAGCGCAAUGAGCAGAUACACACAUCUCUAGCAGAAGUGAAUGGUGAGGAACCUAGGGCUGCGCCAGAACACCAUCAUUCUGAGUUGCCUGUUACAGGGGUCUUAAUUGCAGAAGAGAAUGGCCUUUCACCCCAUAAGGAAUUCCAUACAGCCGUCAUCCGUGCCCUUAACUUCAGCUCUGACUUCAUACCUAGCACGACAGAACAAUUAGAAGAGCCUGCAGAUGAGAAGGAAGCGCCAGUCGAGCACAUUCGCACACCCCCAAGCACACCCAUCAAACCAGAAGGAGACGGAUAUGCUAAAGAGUACCUGUUACCAUAAAUCGCAGCAGGAGCAAACCUACAAAGAUGACAGUGAUGCUGCAACGCUGAAGCAAACACUCCCAGACCUCACCCCAGACGAGCCAUCCGAGGAACUGGCCGUCCCCAUUUCGGGAAAGGAAGGGGAUGCACAAAGUGUUCCUUGUGACAGAGACAUAACUAAGGUCCCCACAGAAUCAGCCCCUGAAGAGAAGGAAGAGGCUGAACCCCAGCCUGUAGACUCCCCCACCACUCCAGCGGCUGAGGAGCCUGCGCCAGCAGACCCCGCCCCCGCGGAGGCGUCUCUGGUUGAUGCCGGCAGCGAUGAAUCCCCAGGCAAAUCUCCUUCCAAAAAGAAAAAGAAAUUCCGUACCCCUUCCUUCCUCAAAAAGAACAAAAAGAAGAGCGAGUCGUGAGUCGUAACUGCAGGCGCACUGUCAUGUUUCUAAGGGUCUGCUCAUAGCCGCUAGAAUGUACCCCAUUGUAUCGUCUAGUCUCAUUAUAUUAAGGAAUGCCACUGAACCCCCUCGUUAGUUAGCGCUUCAUUCUCAUGGUUAAUCCGCGAAAACUCACUCGCAUUUAAGGUGCUAACCAACGCCGCGUUCAGCUGAUAAUCUGGGGUCACCUAACUGCACAGUGUAAGCCUAUAGUCUCCUCUUGUUUUAUUGCUGUACGUGACUGCUCAGUAACCCCCACACCUGUCCCCCCCAUAUUCUCUCACCCUUCCUUGUAAAUACACUUCUCUGCUUUGCCUUGUAAGGACCACGAUGCCCCUCUGCGCCCCAAGAUAUGUACCCAAUGGUAAAUUCCUCCGUGCCCUAUGCACCCCAUGGUAAAUUCCUCCGUGCCCUAUGCACCCCAUGGUAAAUUCCUUAGCACCCUAUGGUAAAUUCCUCAGUGCCCUAUGGUGCAUUUAUGCAGGGUAUGAUAGCUUCUAACUGGCCAAUCCCAGUUGGGUGCAGCACUGGUGUCUUCUGCCCCCGCCUUAGUGGCCGACACCAUUGCUGCAGCACAGCUCUGGGGGAGGAGCUUAAAUGUGUAAUUCCCGUUAAGCAAAGAUCAUUUUAAUGGUAUAUUCCAGAAUUCUACUCUGUAUUUUUGGUAAGGGAACAAAUAUGUUGUGUGCUGAAUGUUGCUUGCUAUUGGUGCCCGCACUGAAUUCUGGAAGGCUUUGGGGAUAGAAGAGGCAACCAUUGAACUUUUAUGGAAAAUAUUCUGAACGAUUUUCCGUUUGAUUUCAAUUAAAUGACCGAAUUCUUUUAGCUUGUGGUUUAACUCUUUAAUUAGCUGCAGUGUUAUGGGUCUGUGUAGCCAAGCUUGCCCCUCUUUGGGCUCCUUACUGCUCCUGCCCUCAGAUAGAAAUGAGUUCUUUUUCAUUCCUCUAUAUUUGUUAGACUGUGCCAAGGUACAAACCUGUAGUAUCUCUAUUGCUAGGGUUAAUGCUCUGAGCCACCAAUAAAGGGGCAUUACUGGGCAUAGUUGUUUCUAUCCCCCAAUUAGAGCUGAUUUUAUGGCUGUGCAUUCUGUACCACCCACCCCAGAGCAGCAGCACAAAAUAGAUCAUUUCUAUAGCAAAGCAAGAUGGCAUCCAAAGCCAUUAUGGCUGUGUCUGAUAUCCCACCAAUAGCCAGAGACCGCAGCUUUUAUUAUAUAGUGAGGGGCCGUGGACCCUGCAACAAGUCAUGUGACCACUAUCCGCACCAAUCACCUGUGACUGCACACACACAUUCAAGGAAAUCCUAUAGUGUAAAUGUGACGGACGCGUUCAUCUCCUCUAAUGAGUCUCUAUUGCCUUCUCUAACUGGAACCUGUACAUACAUGUGGGCACAUGUGCUUGCACUCUAUUCUAAUGCUACACACACACACACACACACACACACGCGCGGCCUUGCCUGUUAGUGAGGGGAGCACACAAUCCUUUGCACGGACACCAUUCCCACUCUUCCCCCCUCUCUGUACUUUGCAGCCUCUUGUGAGGACGAAUGUGAACUUUGUAUAUAAAGCGGCUGACGCCUAAGAACGCUUUGCACGCUCGCCCACCGCGCCAUUUCACUCCUUGCGAGGAACCCGAAUAGGAAUAAAUACAAAGGCUGCGAGAGAACCCAAAUGGCAAUAAGAGCCAGGUUUGGUUUUUAGCGCUGCCAGAUAUUUUAAUACAUUUUAUUAGAGAGGAAUAAAAGUGAAGAUUUAACCCCUUUCUUUCCUGCGCACUGCCAGCCGUGUAGCUUUGUGUGAAUGUGACAUGGAAUAAUGAAGUGACCCAUGAAGGAAUCGAGUAUUAUUUAAGCUGAAUGUGUUGUGCUUUAAUGUAUGGAAUGCUCUGGGCACAAUAGAGCGUGGGCACAUUACUAACCCUCUAUGGCAGCUUCUUUUUAUUUUCCUUGUAUUUUGCCUUCCCCCACCCCCAAGUUGUGUAUUAGAUUUAGAGCUAAGCGUCUAUCCUGUAGUAGAUGAGGCCCAGUGUUAGUGUCCCGCAGCAGAAGAGGGGGACAGGGGACCGCCCCCGGCGCAGAUGCUUACGGUUGGCCACUGUAUAUGCACUUCCUUACUGCUUUAACUCUGUCACAGAGCAACAUCCGACCAAUGCCUUAAGGUGAAUGGCAGGGCAAGGACUGUAUCUCUGCCCCAUGCAUACAGUUGCCCAUUGCCUGCGUAGUGUAGCCAGAGCAUUGUAGGGUGUGUCGCUACUAGAGACGUUCCUUAGUAACCACUACAUUGAGUCCCAGCUGCAUGGCACUAUUGGCUCUCAGAUUCCGUUCUGGCCAGCAACACUCCAUUCUUUGUUCCAAGGUUCUUUUGAAUGCUUUGUGUCCUUGAAGUUCUGAAUUUUUGCUUGGUUUUUAAGUGGCAAAUGUGCCCUUUACUCUCGCUCCUGAUGCAAUGAUUUUUAGUUGCAGGUCUUUGUAUGAAGUAUAGUCAUGUAUGGAUACACAAAAGGUUACACACAAUAUCCUUCUUCUCAUUAUUUGCCCUUUCUUACCUUACUGUACUCUUACUUUACUCACAAAUAAAAUCCUUUCGACUUUCCCACUGGA